AUUUACUGAAGCCAGGUGAAAUCCGCCGGGUCAGUUGCUGCAUGCGAGUCCCACACAGGAGAAGCCCAAACUUGACAGCGCAGGGUAAAACCCGGGACAGCGAAUGAAGAAACACCUUUUGCUUCACUUCACAUAUAGAGGACUAGUGAGAAAAGGGAAAAAGAGUAAAAGAAGAAAAUGGCCAAUUUUAAUUUGCGUAAAGCGGAGCCCAAAGACGUGCCUGACAUAUUGCGACUCAUAAAGGAACUCGCGAAGUAUGAAGAAAUGGAAGACCAAGUUCUUAUAACUGAGAAAGAUCUGCUCGAGGACGGUUUCGGAGAGCACCCGUUUUACCACUGUGUGGUCGCAGACGUGUCAGCCGAGCAUCAGAAAGUCGAAGGUUAUUCUGUGAUUGGAUUUGCAAUGUACUACUUCACCUAUGACCCGUGGAUUGGCAAGUUACUGUACCUUGAAGACUUUUACGUCAUGAAAGAGUACAGAGGUUUUGGAAUUGGAUCUGAAAUCCUGAAACACCUCAGUGAUACGGCAGUGAAGAAUCGUUGCAGCAGCAUGCAUUUCAUCGUGGCUGAAUCCAACAAGACGUCCAUCGACUUUUACAAGCGUCGCGGGGCUUCAGACCUCUCGCUGCAGGAGGGUUGGCGACUUUUCAGGAUCGAUAAAGAGAAUCUUCUGAAAAUGUCUGCUGAAGAGUGAGCUGGCCGACGGUCCAGUGUUCAGGGAGAACUAAAGACAGCUCACAAUUUCUCAGUUUGUAGAUCUUUAAUUCAAUAUUUUAGAUACUCUGUGUUAUUGAUUAUAUUAACAAACAGUAAUGUACUCUAGAAGAAGUUUCUGUAGUACUUGUGUCAUAUUCUGUAGUGUAUAUGUAAGAUUAGCUUAUCAAUCAGCUUUUUUGUAUCCAAUUCAAUGUAUUAAAAAUCUAAACAAAUAAAUAUUAAGAAUUAUAUUUAA